UCAAACAGUUUAGUGAAGAACAUAGAUAUUACCAUAAUUUUAAAAAUAUUCAAGAGAAAUUCCGUCAUUACGAGAAAGUUAAAUCGAUAUUGAGAGACCCAGAUGCUGUAGCGUUAGCACUGUUUUUCCAGUAGUAUACUACCAAUCAUGGCUACUGUAGCACCAGUUCCAUUGAUUCCAUUAUGAGUAUGAACAACACCAAAAAGGAUGCGUCUGUCUGUCCCGUCAAUGCUGGCUCCUGAACAGUUUGUUUCAGACAUCAUUCAAACAGGGACUAUUUUUAAUGCUUUAUAUUUUGAAUGUAAGCUCCAGGAACUUACUUUUUGGUCCAUUUAUCAAAGCUGUUUAAUGUAACUAAGGAAGAAAUGUGUUUUUUCAACUUUGAAUACAACCCAAAAUCAGUAGAUGCUGCCGAAAAAAAUGUGGAACAUUUUCAGAAUUUUGCAAAUCAAGGUGAAAUACCAAAAGAUGCUCCUUUGAGAGCCAAAGUGUUGAAUUUGUUAGAAGCUGCCGCAACACACAGCACAGAAGCGCAUAAAACAGGUGGCACCUAUGGUAAUGAGGAUUGUCACUAUUUUCUGGACAUAGAUGUAGCUGUCCUUGGAACAGAUCCAGAAAGUUAUGCAGAGUAUACUAGUCUCAUUCGCAAAGAAUAUGAAUUUUUACCAGACAAUACAUACAAAAGUUUGCGACUGAAGAUUCUUCAGAGUUUCUUGCUGAUCCCAAAUAUAUAUGCCACAAAGGAGUUUCGUGAAAAAUUUGAAGCACAGGCAAAGGAAAAUAUUCGUAAAGAGGUUGAAAACUUGAAAAGCUGAGCAUAUUGUUAAAGAAAUGUGUACGCUAUUUCUCAUGUUGUUAAAAGUAUCCUUUAGUUUUCUAAAUAACAAGAUAUCUGGAAAAUAGAAUAUAUACAGUUGAGUAUAUAUCUUUUGUAUUGAACUAGAGAUGUAAUGUUGCUUUGUUAUUCUAAACAAUUAUUAGUUUCUUUGGUCAAUGUAAAAUAAAAAUUAAUCAUUACAAAGAAAAAAGAAAGUAACAAAAGACUGCUGUAAUGUGACAUUUAUAGUUAAUAGACAUUUUCUCCAAAUAUUUGCAGUCUAUUAACUGAGUUUAUAUCAUACCUCUCUAUACAACUUGUCAUUGAACUGUGCUUGUGAAAAAAAUUAUACAGAAUGUCACAAUCAUUUAGAGUAUGCUUAAUAAAAAAGGA